GACGAACCUGAUUUAUAUAUUUAUGAGCGAUUUUAUGCAUCCCUAGACUACCGUUCAUUCGUUAUCAGGUUUUCGACACAACUAGAACUCUUAUCUCUUACGAUGAUAUGAUUUAACACUUACUACAGGUCGUCUCUCAAAAGCAUUUGAUACACUUUGAGUGCAAACGCGGUGACACUAGGCAAGGUUACGUUCUGUGUUCAACUAUUCAAGAGUUAAGAUCUUACAUAGGUGGGACAAUCAGGUAUCGAGUUCUUUAUAAAAGACCCUCACAGGGCACUCACAGACGGAAACGUCGGCUCGUAGUGAUUUUUGAUGGUAAUGUGUUUUCGUUCCGGAUUACACUCGACAUCUGGAAAUUCACGAGCGUUCGCGCCUGAGAGGAUUUCUGAGAUCCGUGUUUGGCAGUACGGUAAAUUAGGCGUCUUGCCAGUGAAUCGGCCCCGCGCUCAAUGUGAAUAGCCGACUGACACCAAAGUUUAGCCACUGCAAGAAACGUGAUGCCAGAACUCAGUCAGUGAUCUAGUGAGCAUUACACGAAACACAGCGGACCAGAAGCGAGAGCUUUUUAGCAAGUUAUACAUCGUAGGCCUACAGGCAACAGCUCAAACUAAACACUGAAGACAUUUAUAAAACUUAGGGAAAGUCGGGCUUCCCGAAAUACAUGUAAAAUAUUGGGAUGGAUUUAGCGUUAGAACGUCAACGCAGUGGCCGUGGACGUAAACGUUCGGACAUUGGAUGUGUACACAAUUUAGAUCGUGGAUCAAAGCCUACAAACGACACUUUGGAGUUUAAAACUCAGAGAAACAUUUCAUUUUUAAAAAUGAACGCAGGAAUACGACUAAAAGACAUAUGGCUUCUGGCUUUGUAUUAUAUUAUUCUGACAUGUGUAAAGGACACAUAUGCUCAUUCCAUUCCUGACCAUGAAAUUGGGAGUAAAGAUGAGUUCAAAACAACAUCCAGAAGUGUUCUGAUUCCUGAGAAUGCUCCAAAACCAGAGGUUGCAGAUCCCUGUAAAUCAGCGGGGUUCAUGGGAGACAUAGCUCUUUCAAUCAUUGACUAUCAACGGGAAACUGCUGCCAGGAAACAUCAGCUAAACAGUCAACAUAAUAUCAUAAACAAAUCUGUAGAGUAUAAUCAAUUAAAAAAUAAGUUAAAAUUAAAAUUAGCCGACAAAAAACUGAGUAAAUCUCAAAGAAAGGAAAUAAAAGAACAAUUAAGAGCUCAGAAAAAGGCAUGGAGGAAAAAUAGAAAACAAGAAAGGAGAAAUAAAAAGAGAAAUAAAAAAGAACACAAAAGGCAUCUUGCAAAAAGUAAACCCAAUAAGCAAGAAAUUGAUGAAUCUAGUCAACCCAAGGAUAUUACCUUCACCCGAUAUUAUAUUGAUGAUAGCGGACAUGCCAAACCAAAAAAUGGACUCACCAAGGUACAAUAUGGACACACCAAUGAGAAACAUGGACACACCAACAAGAAACAUGGACACACUAAUGAUUAUUAUGGACACACCAAUAAACAUGAGCAUAGCAGAUCAAGGAGAGCAGCAACAGCUAGGCCAGAAAGACUUUGGGACCAUGGAGUCAUCCCUUAUGAAAUUGAAUCCAAUUUUACAGGGGCAAAUAAAGCACUCUUCAAGCAGGCAAUGAGAGAAUGGGAGAACUACACAUGCAUUACAUUUGUUGAAAGAACACCUCAGGACUACAACUAUAUUCUGUUCACAGAGAGGCCUUGUGGAUGCUGUUCCUUUGUUGGAAAAAGUGGAAAUGGCCCGCAAGCAAUAUCCAUCGGCAAGAACUGUGAUAAAUUUGGCAUUGUGGUCCACGAAUUAGGUCAUGUAAUCGGUUUCUGGCAUGAACACACACGUCCCGAUCGUGAACAACACGUGGAUAUCAUCUAUAAAAACAUCAUGCCUGGUCAGGAUUACAACUUCAAUAUGCUAUCUGAGAAUGAGGUGAAUUCCCUCGGUCAAACUUACGAUUAUGAGAGCAUUAUGCAUUACGCUCGCAACACCUUUUCCCGCGGGAAUUACGUUGACACAAUCUUGCCAAAACUGAAGGAGGGACAGUAUACGAGACCAGAAAUUGGACAGAGGGAUAAACUUAGCACUGGUGAUAUCACACAGGCUAACCUUCUCUAUAAAUGCCCCACUUGUGGUCGAACACUCCAGGGUUCAGCAGGAAAGUUUAACUCGCCAAAGUUUGGCGAAAAAGCUGAAAAAAUUGAUGCUAAGCUUUGUCAGUGGAGAAUAUCAGCCACUCACGGAGAAAAGAUUGUGCUGAACAUAACAGAUCUUCAAAUUCCAGAAACAACAGACUGUCGGGAAAAUUAUCUAGAAGUUCGAGAUGGUCAUUGGCUUAAAUCAAAUUUACUUGGUAAAUUCUGUGGUCAUGGGGACCUCCCUGGAACUCUGAUCUCAUCUGAUAGUCGCAUGUGGCUUGAAUACAGAUCCAACCAGGCCACUAAGGGGGAUGUAGGCUUUGCAGCCAGUUAUGAGGCUGUGUGUGGGGGAGAAAUCCUGAAGGAAGAGGGUCAGUUGUCCAGUCCUAACUACCCUGAUUAUUAUAAACCCAACAAGGAGUGUGUUUGGAAGAUAACUGUUCCUGAUGACUAUGCUGUGGCUCUUAAGUUUGUCUCAUUUGAGAUUGAGAACCAUGACAACUGCGUCUAUGACUACCUAGAAGUGAGAGAUGGUCACGAGAAAACCUCUCCUCUCAUUGGAAAAUACUGCGGCUAUAAGGUUCCGGAAGAUCUCAAAUCCACCAGUAAUAAACUCUAUGUAAAGUUUGUGUCUGAUGGUUCUGUACAGAAGGCUGGCUUUGCAGCACGCUUCAUAAAAGAAUAUGAUGAGUGUAGUACAGAUGAACAUGGUUGCCACCAUCAAUGUGUAAACACCCUUGGAGGCUUCAAGUGUCAAUGCAAGAUCGGAUAUGAGCUACACUCAGAUGGCAAGCGAUGCGAAGAUGCGUGUGGUGGCUAUAUCAAUGCCCUCAAUGGAUCCAUCCACAGUCCCUCGUUCCCUGAAAACUACCCAUCUAACAAGAACUGUAUCUGGCAGAUUGUUGUGCCAGAGAAAUACACAAUCACCAUCAACUUCACCCACUUUGAUAUGGAAGGGAAUAAUCAUGAAUGUGAAUAUGAUUCGCUAGAGGUAAGGAGUGGGGUGGGGGCAGACUCCACGCUACAUGGCACUUACUGCGGAACCACACUUCCAGGGUCCAUUACAUCAGUGGGCAACACACUACGCAUAGAAUUCAGCUCUGACAAUUCUGUGCAAAGAACGGGCUUCAAGGGUGUCUUUUUCACAGAUAUUGACGAGUGUGCCCAAGAUAACGGUGGUUGUCAACAUAUCUGUAAAAACACAGUCGGAAGUUACAAAUGCUCCUGCCACAAUGGCUUCACUCUCCAUGACAACGGACAUGGCUGUAAGGAAGGUGGUUGUCAACACAGAAUAACCGAUCCCAAAGGGGAGGUUAGCAGUCCUAAUUGGCCAGACUAUUACCCAAGUAGAAAACAAUGCAUGUGGCAUUUCUCCACUAAGCCAGGUCACAAGAUUAAGUUGGUGUUUAGCGACUUCGAGUUGGAACCCCACCAGGAGUGUGCCUACGAUCAUAUCGAGUUGUACGAUGGGGAAGACGAGGAGGCCCGCAGUUUGGGAAGUUAUUGCGGUAGCAGUGUACCUCAUGCGAUGUCAUCAAGUCGCAAUAAAAUGUACAUGACAUUUUUUUCUGAUGCCUCUGUUCAACGGAAGGGAUUCAAUGCAAUACAUAGUACAGUUUGUGGGGGUACAUUAAUCGCAAAUAGUUCGGCACAAUAUCUUUACUCACAUGCUAAAUAUGGCGACCAAAAUUAUGACAAUAAGGAGGAUUGUGAUUGGUUAAUACAGGCUUCAGGUGACUACAGGGUUCGAUUAAGGUUCUUAGAGUUUGAGGUUGAAGAUGAGAGCGACUGUAGUUACGAUUCUGUCAUUGUGUAUGAUGGCAAAGAUGACGCUGCACCUAGAAUAGGCAAAUUUUGUGGCAGUAAACUCACAAAGACUUUUGUAUCCUCAGGAGAAUUUUUAUUGAUUCGAUUUAAAUCAGACGACACGAUUAACUGGAAAGGAUUCUUGGCUGCAUUUGGCUUAACAUCUCCUGGGGCGGAGAGUGAAGUAGAAACUACAACAGAAAAAACUGAUGAGUAUGACUAUGGUGAUCCCGAUGAAGGGAUGAUAGAUGUCAGGCCUGAUGUUAAGAAACGUAUUUCCAAUAGAAACCCUCGUGGAGAAAAGGUCUCUGUGAAUGAUGGUUUAUAAUAUAAACUGUCAAUAUAAACAGUCAAUAUGUACAUAGUAAUAUCACCAGCCUCUCAGUAUUGUUGUCAUUGAUAUAAGGGGCCUGUCUCAGUAUUGUAGCUCUUAUUAUAUAAGGGGCCAUAGAAUAGUGGGGCCAUUUGAAUGAUAAUCGAACACUCCCCACCCGAUGAGUGAAAUACUUUAAAUGGAAAUAAAUAUUUAUUAGAAAUCUAUAUAAAUAAAAAGAAAAAAAAACUAAAAGCUAAAUAAGUGAAUAUAAUGAUUUCAUAAUUAGUCUACAACUCAGCCCCAAACAUGUCUUAAUGGUCUAUGGGCCAGUUUGAUGUGGGACAGUUAAUUUUUGGGUCUGUGCGCUAGACUGCAAAGAAAUAUCAAACAGAAAUGACAAAUUGUAAUACUGUACAUGUUUAUUUUAAAACAUUUUAACAUAGUUAUUGAUGAUUAAGAUAGUAAAUGUUUUAAAGUAUGUAUUUAUUUAAAAAUUUGUUUUGUGAGAUGUCAUUGUGUCAUUUGGGCUAUUCAACUAUUGUCAAGUAACUUGAUGUUGUUAAAUAUAUAAUUUCAAAUUUUAUUCUUUUUAAUACUUGACUUUUCAAGCCAAUCAAUUUUAUAUUGUUUUAAUACCCUAACCUACAUGACCUAAUUUGGCAGUUGACACCAUUAUUUUAUUAGCUUAUUUGGGAUUGCAUAUCCCUGAAAAGUGUACAUAUUGCAUUUAAAAAAAAUAUUUAAAUAGUUAACUUGAACUCUGUAAAAAGGAAAUCAACUAUAUUUGUUUGUAUAUUAUAUAAUACGACAACACAUGACCAAAGUUCUCUAUAUGACUGAGUGUUAUUCAGUAUAUUCAUGUUGCAUAUGGUAAAGUGUUACACUGGAUGUUAAAGUGUAACACCAGGUGAUGAAGUGUGACAUCAACAUAUAAACUGUAACAUCAGUGUUGAAGGGUAACAUAAACAUGCAUUUAUGGAAAAUAUGCCUUAAGAAAGUUCAAAAUUAAAAUGAAGUAUGUCAUAUUUUGACAUCCUCCUAAGCAGGUGUCCAGAAUCCGUACCUCCUUCUUCCCUAAA